AUGCAUUCCAAAUUCAUCGCAGGCGCCUUCAUGGGCCUGGCCCUUUCUGCUGCUGCGCAGAAUGCUCCUAUCGUGACCGACAACCAGCCCGUGUCCUUCCAUCAUGCCAGUCUCCUCGACAAAGACAACGCCACGAUCUGGGGCGGUAUUCAAAUUCGCCCACAACCAAACUCGAAUGCCCUCCAGGUCGAAGUAUUGAUUGGUGGAAUCCCAGAGAACCAAGCACUGAACUACCACAUUCACCAAUACCGUGUCCCAGAAGACGGCAAUUGCUAUGCAACCGGUGCUCACCUCGACCCCUACGGCCGUGGGCAAACACCACCUUGUGACAUCACACAGCCUCAAACUUGCGAGGUUGGUGACCUGAGCGGGAAGCAUGGACCUGCUUGGGCGCCACCCGGCGAGGAUUUUCGGGCCACAUAUUUAGACUUCUUCCUCUCGAACACUCCUGGCCAACCAGCUUAUUUUGGCGAUCUGUCCUGGGUGGUUCACGGUCCCAACAGCGUCAGACUGUCGUGCGGUAACUUUGACUCCUUUGGAAGAGAUUGGCAAGAAUGGGAUGCAUGA